AUGUCUCGCAAGGUUGACCAAAUUCCCUUGCCGGCAGAGGCCCGGCAAAUGAAAGUGAUUGUCGCCAGUCCAAGUCGAUCAGGCACCCUUGGACUAUACCAAGCCAUGCGAAUUCUGGGCUACAAUACCUACCAUAUCUACGAGUGCUGUGCAAUCCACGGCUUGCCGCAUAUGAAAAUCUUCAACGAGGCCGUUACUGCUAGCUACAACCGACUAUCCGGAAUCAGGAGAUACACCCCAGCCGAUUUUGAAAGAUGGCUGGGUGAUUACGACUGUCUGGUCGAGGUCCCGAGUUAUAUCGGAGUAGACUUCAUUGAGGCCUAUACCAAGGACCCGAAUGUCAAGUUCAUUCUCACCGAGAGAAAGCCCGAAAAAUGGGCGGCCUCCAUGAACAACACCACAGCCACGCUGGUCACGAUGGCGACCACAUUCCCAUUUAACAUCAUCAAGUACUUCGACUCGACUCUGUAUGAGUUCUUGGACCUCAAUGUGCUCAUCUAUCGGGCGAUCGCGGGUGGGACAUACCCCAGGGCACCAGGAAACAUAGAAGAGCUUUGCAGAUUCUAUCGCAACUACAUCAAGGCAGUAAAGGAAAUAAUCCCGGCUGAUCGUCUCUGCCUGAUCCAACUGGAAGACGGACUGGACUGGGAGAAGAUCUGCCCAUUCCUUGGUGUGCCGGUCCCAGAGCAACCAUAUCCUGGUCGCAACGAGCCCGAGAAGUUCAAGGUCAUGGUCGAAGGAUUUAUCCAACCGAAGAUCAACGCGGCGAUCAUGAGAUUCAGUGCUGUUGCUAUUUCAACGGUUGGAGUUCUCGGCUGGGCGGCCGUGAAGUAUGGACCGUCAGCUCUCGCAGCGUUGACGGGUUACUGA